AGCGCCAGAGCUGGUUUAUGGCGAGCCUACCCACUUCAUUAUGACUCUCGAUAUAUCAGAAAAUGACUGCUAACCGCUAGAGGGAGUCCGCGAGUGAGUCCAAAAAGAAUGGUGGUGAAUUGAGCUAAAUGGAUAAGUAGUCCAAUUACAAUAUAAUUUCAUUACUUGCCCGUAGUAGCCACUUAAUUUUUUUUAAAAAUAUUGAAGCAUUUCACUGAAGCAUAGAGAAUAUAGCUAUGUGUUUUAAUUAUUCUACAGCAAACGAUUUGUGGACCACAGGGACUGUAGCUACCAUUACCUCUACUGUGAGCUGACUAGAGGUGGGUAACCCAGGUCCAGAGAGUAAAAAUCCAGCCCAGGGUUUUAUACUGAGCUGCAGCAGAGCCACCCAGGCAGUUGGUACAAAACCCUGGGUUGGAUUUUUACUGGGUCUGGGUUACCCACCUCUAGAGCUGACUGAUAAGUCGGUGAUUAGACAGACAGACAAUCAGACUGACACAGUGUGACACAGACAGAUACUUUAUUUAUCCCAGAGGGACAUUCACACAUCCACAGACUUUCUGAGUCUUUGAGACUCUGUGGCAGUUCUUCAGAGAUGAGCGUGGUGAAUGUUUGGAUAAGUGAGUUCACCUGAUCAAGUUACUGCAGAUAAAACCGGUUUAAAGGAAUGGAUUCAGAUGCAAUAGAUCGAGCUAUUGAAGAGGAGCUGGAAAAGAUGAGCCUGAAUCUCUCUGACUCUGACUCAGACGAUACUGAGCCUGAAGAGGAUUUCACUGAGUGUAAUGAAAAGCUGCAGAUUGACUUUCCUGACCCAGUGUUCACCUAUUUGGAAGCUUCACGUGGCAGAAUGAAAACCUUGGAACAUCUGAUCCUUGAAGAUUUUGAUGAAAAGGAUAGUUCAUGUAAUGAAACGUCUCAUCAAAUUGAUUUUGAGAAUCUUCUAAAUGAACAUGGCUGUAUUCCUAAAGAGGAUCUUAUGAACCUGAAGGAAAGGAUCCUUUCCGAGAUUGAGGAGCAUGUGACAGAUCCAGGUGACUCUAAUGGGUGUUCCUUGGAAAAUAUGAAGCCUACAGCGCAUGUGAAUAAUGAAACAAAAUGUGAUGCAUACAAGGAGACUGAAAAGCAGUUCAUUUUUGAAUGGAGAGCGAUGGAAGAGAGGCUGAGGAAAGAGGAAGAUCUGAGAUUAGCAGAGCAGGAGGCUGAGAGGGAGCACCAUCUGCACUCACUGAAAGAGGAAGAGGAGAAGAAGAAGCACAGAUUUGAGGAGUUUGAGGAGGUUCUGAGGACGAUGAGCAGAAUGGGCUCAUGUGAACAAUGUGAAGAAGAUGGAGAUGAUUACUUAGAACAACUUCAACUUGAAGAGGUCAAACAGAAGGAACUGAUCAAGCAAUUAGAGGAGCAGCUAGAGGAGGAGAAGUCUGAAUUUGAGAAGACACAGCAGGAGGAAAGGAGAAGAAAAGAGAAGCGAAGUUGUGGGGCAGCAACCAAACUCCAGGCAGCUUUCAGAGGUGCUCUAGUGCGUCAAUGGAGCAAAAAAGAGCUGUCCAAGAGAAGAGAAGAAGCGAGGAGGAGACAGGAGCAGGAAAAAGAAAGAGAACUGAGGAGAGAGAAAGAGGAAAGGAUUAAGAAGGACUUGGAGGAGAAGAGAAGGAGAGCAGUGGAGGAGGAGAUGCGUCAGAAGGAAGAACAGGAGAAGCGAAGAGUUGAGUAUGAGAGAGCCAAGGAACAAGAGCGCCAUCGUCUGAAGAGAGAGCGCAAGCUAGAGGAACAGAACAGACGAGAGGAAGAAGAAAAGAAGAUAGAGGAGGAAAGAAAACUAAAGGAAGAGGAAGAGAGGAGGAAAAGAAUAGAUGAGCAGAGGGAAGAGGAGGAAAAGAGAGCUGAUGAGAAGGAGAGGGAAAAAAAGGAGGAUGAGGAAAGAAGAAAAAAAAGUCAUGAGGAGAAAAUAGAAGAGGAUAAAAGAAGGGCUGAAAAGAAGGUGAGGAAGAGAAAGAAACAUGAGGAUAGAAAGAAAAGAAUGGAUGAGGAAUGGAAAGAAGAGGAAAAGAGGAGAGUUGAUGAGAAGGUAUGGAGUAGAAAGGAGGAAGAGAAGAAGAAAAAUACAGAAGAAAGCAUGCAGGUGCAGAAAGAAAGGAAAACAAUAAAUGAAGAUGGCAGCAAAAGCAAUGAGAUGGAGAUUAAGAUGAAGAUGAAAGAUGAAAGUAGAAAGGUGGAAGAGAGCACAGGGGAGGAAAUUAGGAACGUGGACAAGGAGGAAAGAAAAGAAGAGGAGGAUAUGAGAAGAAAAAUCCAUGAGCCAGAGAAUAAGAAUAAAAAACAACUUGAAAUCAAGCUCUUACAGGAAGGAAAGCAAAUAAAACUAGACAAAAAGAAGAGCAAUGAAGGAGAGGAGGAGACAAAGAUUAAAGAAGAAGGAGAGAAAGCUGGAAGGAUAGUUUUAACCCAUCCCAUCAGUUCACCAGUCACCACUGCCCCCAGCCACACUAGCACUUUCCCAGCAGCAACUUAUUUGGAUGGAGCAAGGCUCCAGUAUCAAAUUGAUGCUAAAACAUAUAAACCAGACACUAAAGGACACCUUCGGGACCCUGCAGAUUCAAUGGAGAAGUGUCCCCAAGACUCAAGCUCCACAUGCCUGCCUGAGAGAACAGAGCUAAAGCGGCUGGCCUGGAUGAUGAACUGUGUUCCCUGGUCAAAGCUCUCCAUGCAGAAUAAGAGGAAAAGGGUCACAGCCUCAACCAAGAAGAGGGAGGCUAGAAGAGCCUCAAUGCCCAAUCUUCCACCUUUACCUGUGGACACUAUCCUCAGGUCUGGGUCCUGGAGCACUUUAAAACAGGUGACCACAGUAACUCUGGAAGACUUACCUGGCUGCAGUCUCUCACCCCUGACUGAGUGUGCCAGUCUGCAGUCUCUAACGCUCAGGAAAUGUGGACUUAAAGCACUUGAAGCACUUAACCAUUGCAGUGGACUUAAGCACAUUGAUGUACAGGAAAACAGUAUCACGUAUGUUAACCUUGGGAGUCUAGACAGACUGGAGGUCCUUCUGUUGGGUAAAAACCAGCUCACAAGCAUCCACGGCCUGGAUGGUGCUGUUAACUUGACUGUGCUUCAGCUCUCCUACAAUAUAAUCUCCAGAAUCAGUGGUUUGGGAUCUCUGAAAAGGCUUCAGCGACUGUCAGUUGAUCAUAACCAGUUGAUCAGCACGAGAGGCUUGAGUGAUGUGUUCACACUGCUGCAUCUAGAUUGUUCAUAUAACCAUCUGACCCAUGUGGAAGGCCUAGAGCACUGUGCGCUCCUCAACACACUGGACCUGAGAGGAAACAGUCUGUCUGAGAUACCUGUACUGAAAGACCAUGUGUUGCUGAGGGAGCUGUAUCUGGAUGAUAACAGCAUCUCCUCCCUGCACAGCCUGGACUCCUGCUGGCUGCCUCUGCUGCACUGUCUUUCUGUGGCCCAGAACAAUGUCACUCAGCUUCCACUGUUAGAGGACUUGAUUUCACUGAAGACCCUGGAUUUUAGUCACAACUGUCUUUCAGAGCUGAAGAAUAUUUUUCUAAGUCUUCAGGGAUGCACUCGUCUCCAGGAGCUUAACAUAAAUGACAACCCUGUAGAGCAGGAGAACAACUGGAGGUCAUCCAUUCUGGCAGUAAAGCCAAACUUGAUCAGACUAAAUGGCAAACAGACUGGAGCCUCAGUAGAGCCCUCUGUAGGACCAACACAGCUAUGGAGCUUCCAGGCCCUCUGUCAGGCACACCAGGAUCAGCUUGACUCAGUACUGGAGAAACACAGCAUGGAGAUCAGCAUGGCUCCCACUGUACUGGAUGCACACCUUUUGGCCAGUAACCACAGUGCAGGACUCCUUUGUUUGGCUGAACAGCAACGUUACGCUCAUGAGUAUGGUGAUAGCAGCGUCUCUGACACCGCCACUCAAGAACCUGCUGCUUCCAGCUGCCUACAGGAUGUGUUAAAUUGUAAUCUGGCUGUGAAUGAGAGAACCCAACAGCAUGCAGCAGAGCAAGAGACCCAGAGCCAGCCAGGAGCACACCUGCCUGUGAACAUCCACGAGGCACACCUUGAGCAUCCAAAAGCUGAUAUAACAUCUGAGUGUGCAGGUGGCUGCAUAAAUCCUGCCCAGCAAUCAAGGCCUUGCAGACGUGCCACUAAAGCUCCCAGCUUGGACCUCAAAACCAUGGCAGCCAUGGUCAUCCAAUGCCGCUGGCGGAAAUACAGACGAACAGGCAUUUCAAAACCACCUGCACCUCCCAAGUCUCAAGGGAAGCUGAGUCCUCAGAGAAUGGUGGGGUCUAGUGGGAAGAGAAUUGAGCCUCUUAAUAAAGACUACGCUGCCACUGUCAUUCAAGCAAUAUGGAGGGGCUACGCGCUACGGAGGAGGCUGGCUUGUGCUCUUGCUCUCGCCCAGGUCUCAGAGGGGGACGAGGCCUUUGAGGAGGUGGACAUGGAUGAAUUCAUUUUUGAUGAGGAGGCGAUGGAGAAUGACUGGAUAGCGCUGCAUUCCGAAGCCUCAAUGUCCGGAUUGGCUAAAUAUUCGGAACAGCUGCUGCUGCCAAAGCCUCCUCUUCCUCUGCCUGAGAUGCAUAAGAAUACACCUGAGCUGCCGUGGAAAACCAGACAGGCCUUUAUUGGCAAUGAGGGAGGAGCAACUACAGAACGGAGUCUAUCACAGGAACCCAACACCAGAAGACCAUCUCCACCAUCAUCGUUAAGACUCGGUGCUCCGCCAGAAAGAUCAGAGAAAAUUCUUAAAGAAUGGGGCAUUAACAGUGACUCCACUGCCCUCCUCAUUCUAAAGAGAGCUCAGAAGAUGAAGGGCAGGAAGCAGCAGCAGCAGAGAAAAUUACUGGACCCAGCAGAGCGCCUAGCCCUGUUUAGGAAAAGCAGCAAACAGCCUGUGCCUGCGGAGUCCCGCAGAAGAUAUCAAGCUGAAUCCAGAGAUGAGAUUAAAGGCGCAGUCGGCCGAGAAGAAGUAAGUGUCGGUGAUGCAUCGAGCGGAGAGCCGAGGCAGACGCAGCAGCCUGGAACACACCAGUGGCUGCGCACUCCAGCCGUCCGGUCCCAGAGAAACUCUGCCACUUCUGAAAGAGAUCAUUUCCUCCCAGAGAUUGACCCUGAAAUUCUGAAUGGUGGGAGGGUUCAACUACUGGCCGGUACGAGGUACAGAGAAAGUCCAGAUUCAGCAGGGAGGCUGUGGUCUGAUCUCACAGGCUUCUCUUCACAUCGCAGCCAUCAGGCUCACGUCCGCAGACAUUCAGUGGAAGAUGCAAAAGUGCCGUCUCCCAAAAGAGUCACCUCGGCUCCAUCACGGAAAGAGAGGAUCUCGUUCCGAGACAACCCAGUCCAGCUGAGCGGAGGCUGGGGAGGAGGAAAGAAGAGGGCCAGAGUGAAUAAGUAAAAAAGACAAAACAAGAUGUUCAAAACCAUGAGAUAAUAUCCUUUCAUAAACCAGUGCCUUGUAUUUUUAUUGACACGUGAGGGUGUGGGCCUUUUUCUGAGACUGAUGGAUGUGUGUUUUUUUAUUAACGUAAGCCUUUAACAAGCCUUACAAUGUGCAUUUGAUCUCCACUGAAAUUCCUUGCAGCUGCUGUUUCACUGAAAUCUAGCUUCCUCCCUUGCAAAUGAAUUAAAAGCAAUGGAUGAGGUAUAGCCCAAAUAUCUGCAGGCAGUCCCUGAAUGCGUGUUGAUCUCAAAUAUCAGUGACAGGGAAAGAGCUGUAGAAUGGAUGGAACCCCAUAUUUUCAAAUGACAUGCUUGAUAUGCAAAAGACAAAAUCAAUAAGAAGCAUUUUUUCCAUUUUGGCUUUGUUUAGAUAUUUUUAAUUCACCCACCUUUAUAUGUAGAAUGUAUUCCAAUAAAAACAAAAACAAAUCUGGACAGCCUGAUUUGCGUAUAUUGGAUAAAUGCCUGGUUGUUCAAAGCUCAGGCUGAUUAAAGUUCUCGUGAUUCAUAAGCUCUUCUACUUUCUGAUGAUGGUAUGCACCACAGGUCCAUUUAAAAUCAGAAGGAUGUGACCUCCAACAUAAGACAGACAUUUUAUUGCAGCUAAAAAUAAAAAUCAGUUUGUGGUAAAAAAAAAAAAACAAUGUCCUACAGAAACUAAACUUCAGUUAAAAGUCAAAGUAACUUAUUUAUUAAAGACCAACACUGGGUUGACAUCAAAUUCAUGACAGAUAAAAAAUGAUGAUUACUUAACAAGUCAACAACAUUUCAACACCUAACAAUGUUAGAAUUUAAAAAAGUUAAAGUUUAAUAUCAAGUUUAAUAUCAAGUUUUUAUCUAAUAUUAUGUUAUCUAAAAUCUGCUUAGCAGAUAUUGGGUUUUGAUCAUAUCUCAACUAAUUGUUGGUACUUUCUAGGGGUGUACAGAAAUCUCAAUAUUGUAUUAUAAUGUGAUGAUUUGGCUUUUAAUUAGGGGUGUGGUGAGAUCUUGUGCCACAAGAUCCUGCAAGAUUAAAACAGCACAAUGUUUCUCAUCGGGUUUUAAAUGGUUGCUCAUUUUGGGCGGCAAACAGCAGCGCUGGUCCAUAGACACACAAGGUCUGAAGAGACUCAUAUAAGAUCAUACAGGAGAGAUGAUGUUGGGGUUAAAACUGUAAAACUGGCUGCAGUACGGCGGUACUGUUCUGUCUUUUACUGCAUAUGAUUAAGAAUAUAUAAUUCACAAUCAGAGUAAAAAUUUAUUAACACCCAUACAAGAUGACUACUUACAAAAUAUUCUAAAUUUACCAGCAGUUUUGCAUUUUUGAGUUUUAAUCAUAUAUUAAAUAUAUGAAUAAAUAUAACUUUGAAAUAAACAUAAAAUGUUCUUGUGAA